AUGUCCAGCAACUGCACAAACAUCUCACUGUGCUUGAAUGACACCCUCAGUGACCACAGUAGCAAUGACAUCUUGUCAGUAUUAUUCAGUACCAUCCUUACUAUAAUGCUGGCCCUGGUGAUUUUUUCCCUCGGAUGCACUGUGGAAGCUGCCAAACUGUGGUCACAUAUAAGGCGUCCCUGGGGAAUCGCUAUAGGACUGGUGUGCCAAUUUGGACUUAUGCCUCUGAUCGCCUAUCUUUUAGCUAUUGGUUUCUCUGUACGACCAUCGCAAGCUGUGGCUAUACUCAUUAUGGGAUGUUGCCCUGGUGGUCUCAUCUCUAACAUUAUCACCUUGUGGGUUGAUGGAGACAUGGAUCUUAGCCUCAGUAUGACAUUGUGUUCAACCAUCCUUGCUUUUGGUAUGAUGCCACUGUGUCUCUUCGUAUACUCACACUCCUGGGAACUGGCAAAAAGCAUAAAAAUACCAUAUGACCGCAUAGGUAUGGCACUGCUAAGUGUAGUUGUUCCUGUUGGAGUGGGGAUGUACGUAAAUUACAGAUGGCCAAGAAAAGCAAAAAUACUUUCUAAGGCUGGCUCCGCUAUUGGGGGACUUCUCAUGCUUGUGAUUGGUAUAGCCAGUGCUGUGUUAUACAAAGGAUCCUGGAAUACAGACAUCUCCAUCCUCACAAUUGGCAUUGUCUACCCUCUGCUUGGCUAUGUAUUAGGUUUCUGCAUGGCUGUUAUGAUGCGCCAGUCUUGGCAAAGAUGCAGAACUAUUGCUUUGGAGACAGGAGCCCAGAAUGUACAAAUGUGUUCCACUGUUCUUCAGUUGUCUUUUACUCCAAAGCAACUUGUUCAGAUGUUUACCUUCCCUUUGAUAUAUGCAUCCUUUCAGUUUCUUAAUGGAAUGCUUCUUGUAGCCGCUUAUCAGCUGUACAAGAGAAAAUUUUACAACAGACGUAAACAAACUUCUAUGAGCAAGUCAGAAGAAUGCAUCAGAGUGAAUGAACUAAUAAUCAACGGAAAUGUCAAUCCCAGCUUUGAAUAUGAUACAGAAUCAGAUUCACCAACAGGGCAGUUAUCUGUAAUAUCUGCAAUUUCUAAGGAUACCUUUCUAUGACAGUGUACACAUGGCCAAGGCUAAGGGACUGGCAGAGACAGACUAAUGUUAAUGUUUUGUUUGAUACAGUAGCAUAUUUAUUUCCAAUGUCAUGAGCGAUAUUCUGAUGAAUUCCGUUACAAAAUAUCUCUCAGCGGUGUAUGCAGGAGUGUGGGCAGACGGUAAGGUUUUAACUGGGCAGCAGGUGAGCGCCAUGCAUGUUAGGUCAGCCAUGUGCUCCUGCAUGAUGAAAUUUUUAACACUACUUACUAUUUAUCUAUAUAUAUAUCUAUAUAUAUAUAUCUAUAUAUAUAUAUAUAUUAGAAUACAAGGUCCCUUUUUCCAAGCUGACAUAUAACUUGUUCUGCACCUCCCAGGUAGUCUCCUGCUAGUGGUGUCAAUGGAUAAAAAUAAAAAAUUUACCUCAGGUGCGCCAAUAGUAAUUUUAGGUACUGUUAAGGGAAUGCUCCCUAUAAAAUGUGUAUACCUUUUUAUCAAGUUGUGUACCCCUUUUGUCAAAU